AUGCAGGCGAAAUCGUCGUUUUGGGAGAUUGUCGCACGGUGCCUGAGAAUCCAAUCAGGGAAUGGGACCAGUACUCUAUCAGCGCUUGCUUAUCGUUUUCCAUUUCCCCGCGACGUGGAGAGGGCAGAAUCACGGUUGUCUGACACAAAGGUCUACCGGCCACCAUCGAGAGCAUCCAUUGAAACGGCAGCUAGGGAAUACGUGGCAACCUCCAAUGCAGACCUCCGAAACCCAUUCGCGGACUACCUAGCAGAUGAUGCAAAGGUCUGGUCGAUGUACCUCGACUUGACCAAAUCAAAAGGCGAAGAGUUGAUGAGAAUAUGGAACUGUGACUUGGAUACCAUCUUGAUAUUUGCGGGCCUGUUUUCUGCCAUUUUGACUGCCUUUCUUAUCGAGACACGAAAAGAUCUCCAACAAGACCCUCAGGCUAUCACGAAUAAUUUGAUCAGAGACCUCAUUCAAACCUUGUCGUCGGAAACUCGUCAGAAUUCCCUACUAUCAACAACCUUUGUACCCUCAUCACCUUUGGUAUGGGUGAAUGGACUCUGGUUCGUCAGCCUCACCUUUGCCUUAACGGGUGCUUUUGGAACAAUCCUGGCGAAAGGGUGGGUAUCCCAAUUUAUUCCUGUAUCAGCUGGACUGCCUAUAAUCGACGCCUGCAAUCGUCAUCGACGGUUCUUCGGCGACGACCAGCGACAUCUACGAGCUGUUAUACAUGCCCUGCCAAUAACCUUGCACAUUGCCUUUUACCUCUUCUUCGGCGGCCUCGUCAUUUUAUUGUUUCAGGACGACCCGCGAAUUGGGGUAGUUGUGACGACGCUUAUUGCCAUCACCAUGCUCCUCUACCUAGGAUGUAGCAUUCGCCCGCUUCUCAAUCCCAAUUCCCCAUUUAAUACCCCGAUAUCUGGCUUGCUGCCAAUUAUUCCUGGCGUCUUUAUUCCUCUCAUUCUCCUGGCAGAUGCAAUUGGACACUUGGUAUUCACUCCCCGCCAACGCCGACGUAAGGCGCGGAGAGUUACCAGCUCUUACACCCACCUCGAUCAUGUCCUUUUGUCCACCACCAAGCUACGUAGGACAUGGACAAAGGGCAUCUUCGACACAUUCUCAUCUUUAUAUCAUCUCAUGCUCGUUUCAAACCCUCCAUCAGACGAAUUGAGGACAGAUGUCCUCGUUGGUCUGUUUUCACUGGCGUGA